AUGCUAGCACAGUUAAAAGAAUUUGGCUUAGGUGCGGGAGCAGCGUGUGGUGCUUGCAUUUUCUCAAAUCCUCUUGAAGUGGUGAAAACGCGGAUGCAGUUACAGGGAGAGCUGAGAGCGCGCGGAACGUACACCAGACAUUACAGACACGCUUUUCACGCCUUCUACACCAUCGCCCGUUACGACGGUUUGAGAUCACUUCAAAGUGGCCUUGUUCCUGCUCUAGCUUACCAGGCAGUCAUGAAUGGUUUUCGCCUGGGAUCGUACCAAGUUUUGACCAAUUUAAAGUUGACCGCAAACAGUGAAGGGGAAAUCGAAUUUUGGCGGUGUCUAGUUGCCGGUGCGUUUUCAGGAGGCAUUGGGGCGUUUCUAGGAAGUCCCGCAUACAUGGUAAGGGAUAGAACUUUAAAAAGUAGAAUGAAGAUUUCCUAAAUACAAUCGCAAGCUUAUUUAAUUCACCGAAACAGCGAGAACCUUCUGGUUGUGACCGGAUGCUGUGUUUAUUGAGUAAUACACCUAAAAUAGGCUACGUGGCCGUGGACCGGUACCCUGAAUUUUUGGCUGGGUGGGUAGGGGGGGGGGGGGGCACUGGGAUCCUGUACUUGCUACUUUAUCCCAGAUUAACUUGCUUUGGACCAGGAACUUUAAGUUUACUUGAAAACCCUACCCCCCUCCCAACACAAUGCCACAAUACAUAAGGCAGCUUCUCUCACUUCACCCCCCCCCCCCCCCUCCACAACCUUCUGGUUGUGACCGGAUGCUGUGUUUAUUGAGUAAUACACCUAAAAUAGGCUACGUGGCCGUGGACCGGUACCCUGAAUUUUUGGCUGGGUGGGUGAGUAGGCGGGGGGGGCACUGGGAUCCUGUACUUGCUACUUUAUCCCAGAUUAACUUGCUUUGGACCAGGAACUUUAAGUUUACUUGAAAACCCUACCCCGUCCCAACACAAUGCCACAAUACAUAAGGCAGCUUCUCUCACUUCACCCCCUCCACAACCUUCUGGUUGUGACCGGAUGCUGUGUUUAUUGAGUAAUACACCUAAAAUAGGCUACGUGGCCGUGGACCAGUACCCUGAAUUUUUGGCUGGGUGGUAAAGGGGGGGGGGGGGCGCACUGGGAUCCUGUACUUGCUACUUUAUCCCAGAUUAACUUGCUUUGGACCAGGAACUUUAAGUUUACUUGAAAACCCUACCCCCCUCCCAACACAAUGCCACAAUACAUAAGGCAACUUCUCUCACUUCACCCCCCACCCCCCUCCACAACCUCUCUCUCCAGGCUAUUUAUGAGUACUUUCAACUUUUUAAGUUAAUCGAACAUCUUUGAAAGGGCCUAAUUUUUGAGUAAAAUUCCAAACAUUUUAGGCUUAGGCCUUAAUAGCCCUAAUUCUCAGAUGGAUCCAAGACCACUCCUGAACACUCAAAGAGGAAGGUUAAGCUGAUCUAUUUAACCUGUAUUACCAAUAGAACUCUAAUAUUAUUUCUUGGGUUGCCUGUGGUGAGACUCAAAGUAGGUGGAAGUCACUGUUUAGCCUGUGCAGUUAGCAGGUUCCCUGUUUGAAGAUUAGCUUCAUCUCCUGCAGUAUCCUUUGCUUAUUGCUGCCUUAAGGCUUGACAGUGGUGGUCUUAACUGUCCGUAGUCACGACUGGUAAAGCUUAAAGACAGGUUUAGGACUUAUCUAGCAACUUUAAUUUACCAGGUCAAGACUCACCUUCAAUCACAGUCGGCGGAAAUCAUAGCUGUAGGUCACCAACACCAUCACACUGGAUUUGUCCAUGCAAUAAGCACUACCUACAAACAGUUUGGGAUUACUGGACUCUGGAGAGGUGUAAGUGGAGCGUUGGCUCGUGUUGCAGUUGGAUCAGCUGUUCAGUUGUCUACUUUCUCUACAACAAAGUUAAAGAUUGCCCAAAUGGGUUUCUUCAAUCCAGGCAGCUGGCUUAUUCCAGCAUCUGCUAGCAUGGUAAGCAGUAUUGCUGUGGUUACCUUUAUGACACCAUUUGAUGUUGUAAGUACACGCCUCUAUAAUCAAGGAACCAACGCUAGUGGUAAGGGACUCUUCUACAAUGGAUUCGUUGACUGUUUUAUUAAAAUAUCUAAACGAGAAGGGAUAACAGGAUUUUUCAAGGGUCUGGGUCCACAUUACUUCAGAAUAGGUCCUCAUACCAUUUUGAGUCUGCUAUUUUGGGAUCAACUAAAAAAGUUAGCUUCUUGAAAUUUAUAACAAAAAAAAAAUUAGUAAGAAAUUGUUGUUAAGGCAACCAUGUACUUAGCAAUCCCACACCCUCUUUUCAUUUACUGCAUGUAGUGAAUGUCUACAAAUAUAAUACCAGAUUUGUUUGCGUGGCUUAAUUCAAGAUAUUAUAUUGAUCUCAAGUAUCUUUAUAAGCCAAAAAUGCCCUCCAUGGGGGCUGAGAAAAUGGACAACAUUUUUUGACACCAUAAUGGUUUCCCCAUGGAAUGAUGCCUGAGGAAGGCGUACAGAAAUUCUACACUGCUGAUGCAUCACUAUCCAGAUCUAGGUAGUAGUUCUGAUUGGUUAAGGCAUAUUUUGUUUUCAGCCAAUCAGAAUCACUACCCAGAUGUGAGUAGUUUCAUGUCAUCAGUAUGGAAUUUCUGCCAGUGUUUGUUCUUCAGACAUUAUUAAGAGAAAACUAUCAUGGUGGUGUCACCAAAUAUUGGCUUUUUUCUCAGGGUGGCCUACAUGUACAUGAAGUUUUCGACAGAGCAUGACAGAUUAUCAGAGCUAACAUGCAGAUCAAACACUAUGAAAAAAAAAUGACAACCUGGAUAUACACUGCUACAUAGUAAUUGAAUAUGUUUACUUUCAUUGACACAUUAUGUUAUCGGGUUGUAGAAAGGCUAAGAGCUUCUUUUUAUUGCAACAAAAUAUAUUCGUGAUUCGGGUACAGAUGUAGGAUAAAUACUGGCCAAUUUCCUAAAUGAGUGCCAAAGGAACAAGCUUCUAGUGGGAUUAAGGGGCAUGAAACCCCCUUGAAAAUUAUUGCUUGGAUUUUAACUGUCUUAAGUCACCCUUCCUGGGUUUCUGAGUCAUUCAGAUGGGAUAUUGGCCAGAUUUUAACUUUGAAAAUUUUUUUAAUCAAAAAUAUAUUUAUCUGUGUAAAAUCUGACCAAUUUUCACAAAACGCUGGAAACCCAGUGUGGAUCCAUUCCUGUGAUUAGAUUGUGGCUAUUGUUCUCUUGCACUUUCAAACAUUAUUUUGAUGAUAACACCAUCUACAACACCAAGAUAUUUCCACUUUUUUACUUCUAUUCUAACUGAACUUUAACAGUCAUCAGCAGUCAAUUUGUCCACACAUUUCUUAAUCUGAUUACUUAAAGUUACAUUUAGUUUAUCCAGUAAUUUGAACCAAAUUCUUUUAAAAAUGUUGCCAUUUUAACAUUGUGUAUAAUGUUUUGAAAGUGAACAAACAGAUGUUUAUUAUAAAUUAUGUUUGAUAAGCUAAGUAGUGUAUCUAGUAAUGUUUAAUUGUACAUAAGUUGAUAAUAGUACCUACAUAAUUAUUAUUUUAUGCGUCAACUUUGGGGUACUUUGAAUUUAAUGGCUAUAUUAUAGUUUUAAAAAUAAUUUAUCUUGUUAAUAUCCAAAAUUACUUUCAUAGUUUUAAACAGUCAUAGGUUUAAAGAGUUUACAUUUUGUU